CGUCUACGUGCGGCCCGGGGCGUGUUUGAGUAGUAGCAACUGGAGAACGACAAGCGUCUCUGCUCUGCUGGUCAACAUUCUCUUCAGCGCCCUGAACUUCAAGGACGCCAAACGCAGCCAAACUCUCCAUCGAGCGCGAUCUAGGUUAUAAACCAUGAAGCUAUUUUGGGCCAUCAGUGUCCUUGUGUUGAGCUGUUGGCGGGCGAACGCAUCCACAGCACCAACCAUCAUCACCGAUCCUUCCGAGGUCAACAACCAGACCUCGGCCGUGCUGAGCUGCAAUUUGACCGACACCACUCUCGUCGUCAAGGGCUCGCACUGGACGUACAAUGGCAAAGUCAUCGAGUCGUCUGAAUCCACGGCCACUGGCCACAGCACGGUUCUGAAAUUGGACAAGAUCACGCACAGCUCUGGUGGAAAGUAUGAGUGCGUGUUCCUGAGUGAGCCACAAGUGAAGGAAACAAUUGAAGUCAAAACCAUCCCGCACGUGGCCGCCUACAAGCACUCCGAGCACGGCAACGAGAAAGACAAAGGCGUGAUGGUGUGCGUCAGCCAUGGCUACCCGCUGCCGACCGACUGGACCUGGUUCAAGGUCCAAGAUGGCGUCCAAACGGUAAGCAACACGUCGCCGCUUGACGGCCGGCACCUCGCUAACGACGCCUCCCGUCCUCAGCCCAUCAUCAACGGCACCAGCGACAAGUACGAGAUCAAGAGCACCCCGGAAAAGACGGUGCUGACCGUCAACGACCUGGACAUGGAGAAGGACGUGGGCGACUACAUCUGCUCGGGCACCAGCGACAUCGGAACCAACACCGACAAGAUCUACCUGCGCGUCCGCAGCCGCCUUGCUGCCCUGUGGCCCUUCCUCGGCAUCGUGGCCGAGGUCAUCAUCCUGGUGACCAUCAUCCUCAUCUACGAGAGGAGGAGAAGGCCCGAUGAUGUCACCGACGAUGACGACUCAGGCACGGAUCCACCGAAGAGCAACUCCAAUGCCAACCACAAAGACAACGUGAGGAAAAGGAAUUCUAAUUAAAGGGCCCAAGCUGUCCCGCCGCACCUCGUCCCGCAGCCCUGCAAUGUCAAAUAACCUUUUUAUUUUCGAGUGUUAAUGUUCUUAAGGCUUAAUAAUCUUCACCGGGCUGCGCGCUCUACCACCGAGAGCUUAGUGUGUGUGAAAUUGUCUUUGCUUGAGGCCACAGGGCCACCACUGUUGCAUGAGUUUCAACACUGUCGUAGCCAAAUGUGUGUCUUUUGUAAAAUAAUAAAAAAAGAAUAAUAAUCAUCACAGGAUCUGAAAUGAGGAAUGCGAGUUAGUGCUCAUGUUUCCCUGACAACCUUUUCAAACGCUGUGGGUCGCUGCCAUUCUUUACACUUUAAUUGGUUGCUUCAGAAAUUCCUUUCAGCAAAGCUCGAAGCAGCUUUUCCGUUUUCCAAAAGGCCUUGCUUGGCCCUGAGCGGCUCGCUUUUGAAUUCCCACUUUCUGACACCGCCACAUCAUGUCGGAUUAAUUGGCGCCUGUUGGAACGGAAAAGUGACCGGGUGUCAGGAACCAAAAAUGGAAAAGCGGCUUUAGACUUUGCCUAUCUGUCUCUCUUACCACACUAAAAUGGGACUUGAAGAUUAAAGUAUUUUCUAUUUGUGUCUUUUUACCGCCGUAGGAAAUUAUUUGAAGAACUUUUUUUUCUCCCAUAUUUCACGUUUUUGUUUUGUUUAAAUAUAUGUAUAUGUUAUAUGAAGGACCAACUGCAAAAAAAAGUAACGGCAGUUGCCACAUUGAUAUAACCCACAUUUUACUUCAUUGAUCUAAAUUUAAACACAUUUUUUUCAUGUGGGGUGAGAAGCAAAUCAUUUCACUGUUUAAAAAAAGAAACACAGAAUGCAAUCUGCCCGAGUCUUGUUGUGAUUGGAUGUUGCUGUGUCAUAGUUAUCAACUACAUGAAAAGAUCUUAAGCCAGAUUUGUGUAAGUUAGCAAGAAUGUCACCAUCUAAUGUACAACUUGCACAAACUGAAUAAAGUUAUCUAAUUUUA